UCACAGCAUCAACAAAGCAGGUGCUGAUCAUUCAUAGCAACCGAAUUCCAGAAUGUUGGCGCAGUAUAAAUACAGAGGCAGAGCUCAGAACCGUCCCUUUCACCAAGAUCUUUGGAGAAUUCUGACAAGUGCAAACAAACCAAGCGACAGAGCAAGAACUACAGAGUGGACAGAGAGAGAAAAACAGCAAGGAGAGCAGAGAAAGACUGUGGAGGACUGAAAAGGAGAGAGAGAGAGAGAGAGCAAAGCAGGAGGAGAGAGAGAGACAGAGAGAGGAGCAGGAGGAGAGAGAGAGAGGAGCAGGGGUGAGUUGAAAGACUGUAGAGGGUGUAAAAGAGGAGGAGGGGGAGGAAAGAGAGGAAGGAGCAGGAGGGGAGAGAGAGAGAGAGAGAGAGGGAGGAGAGGAUGGAGAAGAGGAGGGUGGAGGAGAGAGUGAGGCAGGAGAGAGAGAGGGAGGAGAAGAUAGAGAGGAGGAGGAGGGAGAGGGAGAGGAGGAGGAGGAGGAGGGAGGAGAGAAAGAGACAGGAGCAGGAGGAGAGGGAGAGGGAGGAGAGAGAGAGGGAGGAGAGAGAGAGGCAGGAGAGGAUGGAGAGGAGGAGGCGGAGGAGGAGGAGGAGGAGGGAGGAGAGAAAGAGACAGGAGCAAGAGGAGAGGGAGGAGGGGAAGAGACAGGAGCAGGAAGAGAGGGAGAAGGAGGAGAGAGAGAGGCAGGAGAGGAUGGAGAGGAGGAGGAGGAGGGAGGAGAGAAAAAGACAGGAGCAGGAGGAGAGGGAGAGGGAGAGACAGGAGCAGGAGGAGAGGGAGAGGGAGGAGAGGAUAGAGAGGAGGAGGAGGAGGAGGAAGGAAAGGAAGAGACAGGAGCAGGAGAAGAGGGAGAGGCAGGAGAGGGAGAGGGAGAGGGAGGAGAGGAUAGAGAAGAGGAGGAGGAGGGAGGAAAGGAAGAGACGGGAGCAGGAGGAGAGGGAGAGGGAGGAGAGGGAGAGACAGGAGCGGGAGGAGAGGGAGAGAGAGGAGAGAGAGAGACAGGAGAGGAUGGAGAGGAGGAGGAGGAGGAGGGAGGAGAGAGAGAGGCAGGAGAGGGAGAGGGAGGAGAGAGAGAGACAGGAGCAGGAGGAGAGAGAGAGGCAGGAGAGGGAGAGGGAGGAGAGGGAGAGACAGGAGCAGGAGGAGAGAGAGAGGCAGGAGAGGGAGAGGCAGGAGAGAGAGAGGGAGGAGAGGGAGAGACAGGAGAGGGAGAGACAGGAGAGGGAGAGACAGGAGCAGGAAGAGAGGGAGAGGGAGGAGAGAGAGAGGCAGGAGAGGGAGAGGGAGAGGGAGGAGGGGAAUGAGGGAGACCAACAGGAGGAGGACACAGGAAGGACUGCAGCUCAUCUGAAGAGGGGCCUCGUCUCGAACCUGAGGAUCCGGUACCUGGAGCACCAGAGGGACCAGCUCACCAAGGCCAUCUCCAAGACCUACCAGAAGGAGGAGGCCAUUUGUACUGGUGACGACACGCCUGAGGUGAAGGAGAUCCGGACAUGGAGGCAACAGGGGAAGAGGAGGAUGCUGCUGAGGAAGCAACAGAAGACGGAGGAAAAGAUCCAGCGCAAGAGGGAGAAGCUGAGGGCGAGGAUGGAUCAGGAGGACGAGGAGUGGAGAGCUGGCCUCUUCUCACGGAUGGUGACGGGAUUCUUUAGGGGGUACACUUCUUUUAAUUUGGCUCUUCUUGGUGUUUCUGUGCAAACUGACUCUGACUAAAAUCCACAGGACAUAGAUUAGAAAAAUAUAUAGGUCAGCACAAAAAAAUAGGAUAGAUUAUAACAGUAAUGUUAGGCAGCACAAUUUAAUGUGCUACAACAUAGCCAAACAAUGUUAUUUGAAUUCAAUGUAUUAAUAUUAAUUUUAUUAGUAGUAACCAGCCAGUAGUAAUAUAAUCAAUACUGUAUUACUUACUAUUUAAUAUUUACUUAAUAUUUAAAUUAAAAGUAUAUAUAAUAUAAAGUAAUGUUAUCUGAACUGAACAAAACAGAUCACUUAAUGUAAUUCUUUAGGUUUAACUCAUUUCAAAGUAGGAUUUAAGUAUUUAGAAAAGGAAAACAUCAUUUCUAGAAUAAAGUUAUUUGUCCUCCGAUGAGGGGGGGUGGUGGCGGGUUAAAAUUAAAUUUUAAAAAGUAAUUCAAAUUACUGAAGUAAGGUUCCACAUGAACCAUUAACUGGCUGGUUUUAUUUAUGUAGCAGAAAUUACACCAAAACAGAACACCAAAACACAAACAAAUUACAAAUCAGAAAAUAAGUCUAAACCAGAGGUUAAAGUAGUCAGAAGUAAUAAUAGUAAUUUAGAAUAAAGUUAUUUGUCCUCCGAUGAGGGGGGGUGGAGGUGGGUUAAAAUUAAUCCUAAAUCUUUUAAAAAAGUCAUUUAAAUAACUGAAGUAAGGUUCCACAUGGACCAUUAACAUGCAGCCUGGCUGGUUUUAUUUAUGUUGCAGUGUUCAGGAGUAGAUGUCACAAAAUGUUUAACAAUAAAAGAACAGAAAAAGGCUAAUAUAGUUAUUAUAUAUAUGAUAAUAGCAAUUUAGAAUAAAGUUAGUUGUCCUCCAAAGAGGGGGGGUGGAGGUGGGUUAAAAACAUUUUUUUAAAAAGUAAUGAGAAACAUGCAGGAGAGAAGCAUAAUUCAAAUGACUGAAGUAAGGUUCCACAUGGACCAUUAACAUGCAGCCUGGCUGGUUUUAUUUAUAUAGCAGCGUUCAGGAGUAGAUAUCACUUAGUGUUUAACGAUAAAAGAACAGAAAACAAAACCAGAGAUUAAAGUAGUUAAGAAAAGGCUAAUAUAGCUAUUUUAUA